AAUUAACCUAUUUGAAGAUCAAGUUUUGGAGAAUUAAGUUAAGGACAAAGUGAAUCUACUUGAGAUGAAUUGAAAAGGUAAUCAGCUAUCAAGUCUGCUAAAGAAAUACGGAAUUAACCCGACGUAUAUUCAAAUCAGAUUCUUAUCGCGAAAAUCGAAAAUCUUUUUCACUUUCCAUCCGCGAACUCUAACCCUAACCGUUUAAAUUUGAGGGCCGACCCGUUUUGUUACUUAACCGCCGGGGCAGCCAACAACACAGAAGCGCUUAAAAUUACUUAAAUAAAUCGAGGAGCAGCCGUCUUACUCAGCUACCGAACAAUUUUCACCGCCGCAUCCGCCGCCGCCGGUUUUCUAUCACCUCUGAGAAUUUGAUUGCAUAGUUAGUACAAUCGAGAAGAUGAUACUGCCCAAUGCGGUUUCUCAUGGAUUAGUCUCGGGAUUUUGAGUUUUUGGAGUGAAAGAGUGUUCAGAUAAGAGUGCCCAAUGGGGGAAAGUGCGGGCUUUGUGUCGGGUUACAAGGAGUACGUCGCCGGUAUGCUGGCUGGAGUUGCCACUGUCAUUGUUGGUCAUCCAUUCGAUACUGUCAAGGUGAAGCUGCAAAAACAUAAUACAGAAGCUAAUGGGAUUAAGUACAAGAAUGGUUUGCACUGUACUACAAGAAUAUUGAAGACAGAAGGAGUGAAAGGGCUCUAUCGUGGCGCAACGUCUUCUUUUGUGGGAAUGGCCUUUGAAAGCUCACUUGCCUUUGGAAUUUAUUCCCAGACAAAACACUUGCUUCAGGGAAAAGCACAAAGUGGAGAGCCACAGCUUCUUUCCAUAAUUCCGGCAGGUCUUUUUGCUGGUGGUGUUAUUAGCUUUAUACUCUGCCCAUCUGAGCUGGUAAAGUGUAGAAUGCAAGUUCAAGGCGCUGACUCUUUCAUUCAAAGUUCAAGCCGGUACAGCAGUCCUAUUGAUUGUGCCCUUAAAACUGUAAAAAGUGAAGGGCUUACAGGCAUUUUCCGUGGAGGAGGUGCAACGUUUUUUAGAGAAUCUAUUGGAAAUGCUGUCUUCUUUAGCACUUAUGAGUAUGUGCGCUAUUACAUGCAUAAACCACUCAGAGAUGCCUCCUCUGAUCUAACCCAUGUGAUUGAUGUGGGAGUUGGGAUUGUAAGUGGCGGCCUUGGUGGGAUAGCUUGUUGGUCUGUUGUUCUACCAUUAGAUGUUGCGAAGACCAUAAUCCAAACUUCACCAGACAAAAACCAUACAAGAAAUCCAGCCCAGAUUCUAGAAUUGAUUUAUAAAAGAUCUGGAAUCAGAGGAUGCUAUACGGGGCUUGGUCCUACAAUAGUUAGGGCAUUUCCUGCUAAUGCUGCUGCCAUUGUCACAUGGGAAUUGGCUAUGAAAAUUCUGGGGAUCAAGCGUGAUUAAGCCUGGUGUGCCGUCUGAGGACAUAAUUGCUGAUUAUGUUUCUGGUCAUUCUAAAAGAGUCGGUGUUACAUUUUUAUUGGUACUCAGUGUGAUUCCUUCAAAAUUACUGCCAAUAGUGUCGAAAUGUCUGAUGAAAUAGACAUUAAUUUAUUAUGGUCCGGUCAUACUUGGCUUAUCAAUGAUUGGAGCUGGAUUGGAUGUAUUGAAUUGUUUUACAAUUUUAGGUUGGAUCAGUUUGUACUAGGAAGUCCGAGUGCCCAACUAGCUUGGUAAAUGAUUUCGAACAUAUUCAACUUUUUUUUAUCAUUGUUAGAAUUAAGUGCAAGUGAAUUUCUGCUUUAUUUCUCCUUGAUAAGGUUAGCUCUUGAUUCAAGUCAUACACAAACUAUUUGAGUUGUACACUUAAUCUCCAACAUUUUCACUACUAUAAAACAAAUCAUAUACUCAUAUCGAGUAAAUAAAGUUUCAUUGUUUUUCAUUA